AUGGCCAAAAUUUCUAUGGCAACUGCUCUGAGAACUCUCUUCACUGUUCUGGGACUUCUCAUGCUUGCUACCCUUCUCUACACUCUCUUCACCGAUGGUCUUCCGUUUCGCAGAGAACUCCUCACACCGUGGAUGGUAGCGACUUUGAUUGAUUUUUAUAUCAACGUUGUAGCUUUGGGUAUCUGGGUUACUUACAAGGAAUCAAACUUGAUCAGCUCGCUUCUAUGGAUUGUUUUGCUUGUCUGCCUUGGAAGCAUCACUACAUCUACCUAUAUUGUUGUGCAAUUUUUGAAGCUGUCAUCUCAAGAAUCUUCACAGGAUCCCAUGUAUUAUGUUCUGUUGCGGCAUCCAAGCAAGUAUGUCUUCAGAAACACUACCAUAGAACUUUCAUCAACGGUAAUAAUUGAGUGGCGGUUACAUAGGAAUGGCACAGCACCACAAAGGAAACAUUCUUCUGUCGUGAUCCUAAGAAUACUUUUCAUCAUUUUGGGUGCUGUCAUGCUUGGAACUUUGGUGUACACUCUCAUCACUGAUGGUUCUCCUUUUCGAACAGAGCUUUUGACUCCGUGGUUGGUAGCAACACUAGUUGACUUCUACUUCAACGUUGUGGCUCUAGCAGUCUGGGUUGCCUACAAAGAAUCUAGUUGGAUUUCUGCAGUCUUGUGGAUAAUUCUAUUGAUAUGUUUUGGAAGCAUUACUACUUGCUUCUACAUUGCAUGGCAGCUGUUCCAGAUAUCUGGUGAAGAUCCUGCUUACCUUGUUUUAGUGCAUCGUGGAGACAGGGCAGAAAACAAAUAUAAGGGGAUUUCUGGUGAGGCAACAUAG